AUGAUCGAACAUCCGGAAUCGAUCCCGUUGCAGCAAGCAACUGUGUCAGUUAGAAGAAUAGUUGAGCAGGAAAAAGAUAACGACAGAGAGGAUAGUAGCAAGACCAACGAUCGUACACCAUCGAUCGAUGUGCACAACAUUGCUGGACUAAUAACGAUUCUCACCGUUAACAUUCAUCAGCUUGAGUCGUUGCUGCAAGUGGGACCGGAUUUAGGUUUAAAGUUCUGGCUAAACAUCAUCCUCGUUUCCAUUUCUAUAGUGUGUGUGUACCCACUGCUAGUGUUGCGUAUGCUACAAGGUGAAGGCUACAAACCUUCACCUCGACGUUACUGGGUCAGCUUUGUGUUGAUGGUGAUCAUUUUCACGAUCAACUUAACGCUACAAAUAUUUAACGAUUUGGAUGCACAGUGUACGGUGCUCCUUAAUCAAGCAUUACCACCGACUCCACCCAGUCCAUAUACAUCGACGAAUUGUUCCGUGUAA